AAUAAAUAAUAAACGCGCAAUAGUGCGUUGAUCCUGUGACGUAACGUUUUGUAAUACGCAUGCGCAAUCAACGCGCCGCCAAAGCGCAGUAAGGAAACGGAAGGCCACUUCCUCCCGCCACUUUGUCAGUAUGGACGGACUUGAUGAAGUUGCGAUUUCUACCCUAAAAGCUGCUAACAUUGGGGAAGACAUUUUACCGACUCUCUCACGGGAUGAUAUCCGAGAUCUCUUUCCUGGUCCUGAGCACUUCCUGCGGCGCAAAGCCAUUUGGCUCAUUACUCAUAAGGAAGAACAGGGGCACACCACCAUUCCUGUUGAAGGUUCAUCAGCUGAUGAUGAACAUGAUGGAGGUCCAAAAAGAGACGACCCCAGCACUUCAAAGUUUUUAAAGUUGCCCAGCCCAGAAUAUGUCCUCUUCACUGAUAGUGAACUACAACACGUGAGACGUACAUAUUUGAGCAGCAGCGUCUUGGAAAAGAGGGUGAAGUCACCUUAUCAAAAGAGCUCUUUUGCCGACUCAUCCGAAAUACAAUGACAAAUAUGAUAUCUAUUGCAAGAGCCUCUUCAGAUGACUACAAAUAUCCCACUAAACAUGAAGUUAUCGCCAUGGCAAAGCGGUUAGUGGAAUACUACCCUAUGAUAAAAGAUAAGUCAACUGGAUCGAGUCAUGAGUGGAGGACACUGUUGCCAAAAAGCUAUUGAAGAGACUUUCGAAUAUCCGAAGUCCUGCGAAGGCCAAACACCCUCCAUCCAAGAGAGCACGUCUGGAUGAAGUACCGUCUGCUGCAGCGGGAAGCGACUAUGAUGCUAAUUCCAGUGCGUCAACAGUUCAUCUAUCACCACCUUCAAGAUCAAGCACCCCACGACAAGAAAAUGACAGCAUUGAUGAAGCAUCCGAUGGUCCAGACAACAGCCUUGACAGCCAGAAAACACACAGCCAGAAAUGUACAAAGCAAAGAAGCCAAACAAAGCUGCUGUAACUCAUCUAUUAGACCUGGAGUUCCAGUCCAGAAGAAAUUUCAUUGACUCAGAAGCUUUGAAGGAGCAAGACAGACCCACAAAAAUUUUACAGGCAUACCCGUGCUUCAAAGAUCUGGACCAUGCAAUGGAUGAACUGCGGAGAAUCAUUGAGCCUAACAAUUGCCGAUACAUUUCUGAGGUGAAAGGCAGGUGGGAGACCUUCUACUCCAAAGUUCAGUUUUAUGGCGUCAUGAAGAAAGUCAUGAAGCCUCCAAGGACACUGAAUGGAGUAGUUGAACAUGCCAUUGCUGUGUUUACCGCCCUGCCACUGCUCUUCCCAUCUGGCUCUGCGGCACCCAAGAAACUGGUCCCAAUCAGUGAGGCUCUUUUCCAUGUUCUUACGCCCUCGCAGGAUCCUGAUACCUACAUCCACCGGCGUGUGCUUUCUAGUCCUGUCCUGCUGGUUGGUGAGGAGAACUGCAUGGUGGUUGUAGGUACAACUCCAGUUGUAACUUUUGAGAAAGAUUUGCUCCACAAGGGGCCUCUCUACCUCCUGGCCUAUUACUAUGCAUUUCACCUGACAUAUCCCAAGUGUAUUGCCACACUCUUGUCUGUUUUACAAACACAAGUACUUGGAGAUGUCAUCCAUGAACAGGAUGCAACCUCCUCGUACAAGAAGGCCAUUCAUGAAUGGAAAAUGUUUGUUGAGUAAUUACUGUUUCAAAGAUGUUGUAUGGCUGAGGCAGUGAUGGCUGCAGUUUUUUCUACCCCAUUUCUUUUGCACUUGAUUUGUGCUAUUUUUGAGUUUUCCUCAUUUUCAGUAGUGUUUCUUCAAUCUGCCAUACAUUAAUGCAAUACAUUCAUUGAGAAAUUGCUGUUUGAAGCUUACAUGACUGCUGUUUAAGGUUAGUGUAUGCACCUGACAGA